AUGGCCCCGGCCAGUGGAAUAUGGGCUCCCAUAGCCCUCAGAGUAUUCAAACAAGCCUUGAAGAAGACAUCAGGUAUUAUUCGAGCACGAAUUACUGAUAUAUCACGCCCGCUCCAUCGUGAGCUUCAACCAAUCCUUGUACGAUCAUCCCCGCGUCAACCGAUCCAUCCAGCGGCACGUCUUCGUCAAGCUAAAGGACGAUGGUACACCACUCACAGCAUUAACACCGCUCGUCGAUUUGCGAGCACUGCCGGGCAACAUAGUGCCAAAUAUAUCCGUGCAUCAUUUCCUUCAUCUGCUACUGCUAGGGCUGUUGGUGGAUUGACGACUCGAGCACCAUUUGCAUCUACAUUACGUCCGAACCUCACAGGCGGAGCUCUGCCUCGUGCUGCUGGUGGUUAUGGUUUAGGUGGAGGCCGUACAGGGGCUCGAUACUUCUCCCACACUCCUGCUGCCCCUGCGCAGAUAGUAAGCAAUGUCUCCGUAGCAGUCCGGGCUUUUUUCCUCUCGGGUCAGAAAGCCCAAUUUGAUGGGACGACAGCUCAAGGAGAGAAGCGAUACCGUGCGGCCACAGCCCUACAGGAGGAGACCGGCCGGAAAAUGAGAGCAAUGAGCUCAAAGAAUAUCCCUGGGUCAUUCAUCGAUUUCCAUAUCAGCCCAACCAUCACCGCUCUUACACCCCUUAGCGGCGCAAUUCCCUCGGGUAACGUGGAAAUGUCCGCACCACACUUGAACACCGAAGGCUUCCUAGACGUCCUGUCCGUCGAUUUCGCUCGCUCUUUGCAAGAUUUUGCGGCUACGAUGAACGAUCUCAAGCGUCUUGCACCCCUUGGGGAUCUCCCCAUCACUCUGGAACAGAAGUCUAUCAUCAGGGUCCGAUUCCCCGGCUGUGGCGCCGAAACCGUAGAAGCCCUCUGCGAUGAAUUCGGCGUACAACGAGGGAUCAUCGGCCAGGAUGAAGAUUUCGACAAGAGCGUCGGAGGCCAAAUCGCUUUGAUGUUCCCCUUCGCGCCCACUUCCGAACAUACCUUAUCUUCACCUGGUGGCUCACUACGAUCACAGACAGGGCAUGAUUUUGAACAGGUCGAUAAAGAUAUUCUAGACAACCCCUGGCUCGAGAGCUACGAGAGCAUGGAAGAAGACUCGAGCGACCAUGAAUCGGCCUAUUUCAGCAAGCCAAGUAAGAUCCAAAAUUCGUCCAGUUAUGAGGGCGUGGAAGGUAUCUACCGAUUCCUUGAACAGUGUGAUCACCCGCCGAGGUUUCAAUAA